GGGUUGGUACUGUACUGUACUCAUGGGGCUAAUUUUCACCAUCAGGUCGUCAGUAACUGUUGAGGCCUCAGAUGGGUACAAAGGUAGUCGAAAAUAUGACAUUCUUAAGGAGAGCAAACAGUCGGACUUAGAAGCCGGCCCCUUACCCUCUGUACCCUCACCGCCUGUAGUGGCCGACAAGACCAAAGAACUUGGUUUGAUUUCGGGAGAAAGGACACCAUUUGUUGUGUUUGGUUUGGCAAAGAUUCAACGAACGAAGCUGCUGGCAACACUGAGUGGACUGAAGCUGGAGGCUGAGAUGAAUGCUGUUCACUCUUCACUAACCUUCAGGUGGGUGAGAGAGGCACCUGUCUAGCACCAGUCACCUGUGUCUCUCACUAUCUUUCUCAUGCUGAACCAUUUGAGCAGUAAGAGAUAUUACCUCACUAGUUUUGUAGGCCAAAAGUGGGAGGUACAUAAUAUGACCUUUCUGUUAUUUCCACUACAAUUAAAAGAAAAAAACUGGUUGAAUUGGUGUCUGCUGUGAAUGGUACAGUGUGAGGGGGGAAGGAAGGGUGUUCCCUCACUCUCUCUUUCUCCCUCAUGAAGAUCACUCAG